AUGUUAUCGUUUUUCUCUAAGCUUUCAUUAAAGAACUCGCAGAAGCUGCCCGUGGAAGUCGCUAAACCCGCUUAUAUGGACAAAAGUGCAUCGUUGCAGGAACUUGGCUACAAGGACAAUAAUGAUUUGAGAGAAACUAUUUAUGACUUUUUGCGGACGAUCCGGGAUCCCGAAAAGCCCAGUACUUUGGAGGACCUUAAAGUUGUCUAUGAGGAAGGGAUCUUUAUUAAGGAACCUACGGAAGACAAUGUUCCCGUUUUAAGGGUUGAGUUCAAUCCUACUGUACCUCAUUGUUCUCUAGCGACCUUAAUUGGACUGUGCAUUAGAAUAAAGAUACAGAGAUCUGUUCAUCAUCCUGUAAAGCUAGAUAUUUAUAUUAAAAAAGGUGCACAUACUACAGAAGAUGAAAUCAACAAGCAGAUCAAUGACAAGGAGAGAAUUGCUGCUGCAAUGGAGAAUCCUAAUCUGCGGAACCUUGUAGAGAGUUGCAUUGCCGAUGAAGAAUAA